GUCAAUUCAGUCUGUACUGCAAUUAGGGACAGAGACCACGAGCCAGGACGGUCUAAAGUACCAGUAGUAGUAUCUGUAAUAAGUAGAAAUACACAAAAUGUUACACAGAGCAGCAUCCAAUGUGUCAGACAAGGCAAAGACCAGCAAACCCAAGCGCUCCACAAGCUUUGGCAGAUUUGACAAGCAUCAUUCACCGAUCAAAACAGAAGAGAACGGACCGAAUGGGGUCACAGAAGAAAGUGAAACUUCAGACACAAAUAAAUCUGCUGGACUCGGGAAGAAAAUAAAAGUGAUUUCUCUGACCAUGCGUAAAAGGAUGGGCAAAAAACACAACAAGUCACUUUCUGAAGAGACAGGGGACGACACAGACAAAGAGGCAGAGUCGGAGAGUGGAGCUCGGAUUGAGAAGAACUCUGCUCACUCCCUGGAGAGUCUCUACAGCGCACAGAGCUGCUCCAGUGGACUGAGCGAGCCGCUGACCUCUGCUGCUCGGGACAGUGUGAAGCUGGAGGAGGACGGCUCGUACCAGGGGCAGUUCUGUGGCAGAGCUCGGGUCCACACGGACUUUGUGCCCAGCCCCUACGACACAGACUCUCUCAAGCUCAAGGCUGGUGACAUUAUAAACAUCAUCAGUAAACCUCCCAUGGGCAUUUGGACCGGCAUGCUCAACAACAAAGUCGGCAACUUUAAAUUCAUCUAUGUGGACGUCUUAGUGGAAAAAGAGGAAGAGAAGGAAGAGGAAGAAACUCCAGUGAUCCGACAGCAGAAAUUGUGCAAAAGGCCACGACCUAAAACUCUGCUGGAGUUACUGGAACGGCUCAGUCUGGAGGAGUACGCUUCUGCUUUGCUGCUGAAUGGAUAUCAAACUGUGGAGGAUCUGAGGCACCUUCAGGAGAAACAUCUGAUCGAGCUCAACGUCAAAGACCCAGAGCAUCGACUGAAGCUGCUGGCGGCCGCUGAGCUCCACUACACCGAAGACGAUGCUGCGGACACAGAGGAGGACAACUCGACCCACAGCCAGCAGGAGGAGGACAGCGACUGCCCCCGAGACUCAGGCUGCUUCAUCCCGUCCGAGUGCUCUGACACCAAAGAGGACUCGGAGGGGCUGACAGAAGCAGUGAGCUCGUGAGGACUCCAGAGAUUUUUACACGGAAAACUGAAUAUUUCCACCAAAUGACAAGAGCAGAAAGCAACGGAGAGAUAAUGUUUCUCCAGUCGACCAAACUGCAGAACUGCUGUGAUGUUUGUGAAUGAAAAAAUGUUCCUCAUUGCAUUGGACUGUACAUUAUGAUUUUGUAUUUGACAUUUAUAUUUAUCUCCCCUGUAUAAAUCUAUAUAAUUUAUCAUACUUAACAUGUAGCCCUCUUAUCACAGAUUAUUUGUUAAUAUUUUUUUGGUGAAUUUCAGAAUUUUCUUUUCUUUAAAAAGUAAGAAAAUGAAAUUAAUACUGGAUGUACAUAUCUUUAUAACUCUGAGACAGAUGUGUGUGUAUCAGGCUGUGUACAUUUUGUAAUUAACCUACAAAGU